AUGAACAGCUUCAACUCUCCUAUCCCACAAAGUCCGCAGAGUCCGCAACCUGCGAGGGACAACAGAUCUGCUGCUCAGCGGCGAUACAGAAAGAAGGAAGAAGAUGGGUUUUUGCAGCUCCGAGAGGCCCUGAGGGAGGUGGCCAAGGAUGAUCCGCGAACCAGACAGGAAAUCUUGAGGAGAGCUUCCUGUGAGCUUAGACGCCUGGCGGAUGAAAACCAUCUGUUAUCGCAACAGAAGGCACUGAUUGAGUCUCAUGGAGGAAAUCACAAGCAUGAACAUUCUCAAUCACCAUCAUGUAGCAGUGUGAUUUACGAGGAUCCUGCGGCGCCGGAGUGGUCACAUAACAUGGCAGAAGUCACGUGUCAAUGGACUGACAGGGCACGUGCACUAGACACUGCAAUGUCGGCCCAUACGCUCACAGCACAAGACUGUGAAUGGUUCACCCAGCUGUACGAUGCAAAUAUGGCACAAGAUAGUAGUCAGUCACACUAUCCAUGGGCAUCACAACAGAGCAGAGAUUUCGCCAGACGGCCUCACAGUGGAAGUGAUUAUUAUGCGAGGUGUGCCAACUGUCAGCAUGGAGAAUAA